AUGGCGGCGGCGAUCAAAGGGAUGGUCAGCAAAAACAAGAUCAGAUACAAAGCCGGCGGCUUUGAUCUCGACCUCUCAUAUAUCUCGCGAAACAUAAUAGCGAUGGGUUUCCCGGCGGAGACGUUGGAGCGGUUCUACCGGAACCACAUCGACGACGUCGUGCGCUUCUUCGAGACCAAACACCGUAACAAUUAUCAGAUCUACAAUCUGUGCGCCGAAUCCAAGCGCCGAUACGACACGACUAAGUUCGGGUGUAAAGUGAUCGAAGAGUACGCCUUCCAGGACCACAAUCCGCCGCCGUUUGAACUCUUGCAGCCCUUCUGCGAAGACGUGCACCGAUGGCUGACCGCCGACCCAAACAACGUGAUCGCCAUUCACUGCAAAGCGGGCAAAGGCCGGACCGGAGUGAUGAUAUGCGCGUACCUGAUCCACGCCGGCGAGUGUGACAUCAGCGACGGCGGCGAUACCGUGAAGAUCUCCAGCGGCGACAAAGCGCUCGAGUAUUACGGCCGCCACCGGACGCACGACAUGAAGGGCGUGACGAUACCGAGUCAGAAGCGGUACGUCUAUUACUACGAAGAACUAGUCAAACAGGGCCUCCGGUAUCAGUCGGAACCGUUGCGGCUGACGGCCAUCGCUCUGUCGACGAUUCCCAUCUACAACGGCGGCGCUAUUGUCCUGUUGUGCGAAAUCAUUCAAUUGCCGAAACAGAAGUUAAAAUCGCUGGAAAUCGAUGUGAAGAAGGGCUCAAAGUUCCUGCACUACGCCCUCACCGACGAUGUCGUACUUCGCGGUGACAUUAAAGUGGAGUUUUAUAUUAAAAAUAAGUUAACGAAAGAGAAGAUCUUUCAGUUCUGUUUCAAUACGUUUUUUGUGAAGAGCAGCGGUUCCAACUCAGCGCCGGCCUCAGCGGCCGCGGACUCUCACCAGCAAAAUAGCGGUGGUUUUAGUUUUUCAAAUACUAGUAAUAGUGGUAGUAAUGAGUGCUUCACUCGCGGACCUAAUAGUGGUUUACAAAGUGACGGACAAAUGAAAUAUAUGUUUAAUAAUAGUGAUCACACGGACGGAGCGGCGCUGUCGGCCUGCGCUGCGGCCAGCGCUCCAGUUGUAGGCAACGGCUAUUCCAACGGACAGGUGUUUAACAAUCACCGCAAGUGUUCCGAUCGUAACAAAAGUAAUGGUAAGGAAUUGUAUUUAGUUCUGCCAAAAGACCAAUUGGACAAAGCGUACAAAGAUAAGGCCAAUCGCACCUUCACUUCAGACUUUAAGGUCAAACGACAUACUUAUGAGAACUAA